CAUAAGAACUUAAUUAUAUCCUUUAUCAUCCACAAAUCAUACCCCGUUUUGACCAGGGCUUAAUUGCUGUAAAAACAAAACCAUGCACCCAUAUCUCAACUAGCAUACUGUACAGUGAAAACUGGGGGGGGGGGGGGCUCUAUAGUCAUUAGACAGGUGUCAAUUGAGGUGAAAACUAAACUGUGUGUCACAAAAAGACUGACCACCAUCAAAUCUACAACUGGUCAAAGAUCAUCAAGACUUCCACUGUCACUGUAUGCUUCAAGAUGUCUUCUUGCAACUUUAACAACCUUUCGUUUAGUACCGAUUCCGAUUAUAAUUACCAGUAUCUUGGAUCACACAGUUCCAAUGUGCAGAGUGUUCCUAUUCAGCAAAGCAGUCAGCCAAUGCAGAAAUGUACUUUUCAAUGUGUAUGUUGUGCCCGUUUAAGUAUGGGAAGCGUUUGUUCUUGCAACCUACCAAAAUCGAAUGCAUCUACUCAGACCAACAACUUUGAGUUUCCUCAAGAAACCCUCAUGGCCAACAACAUGUGGAUAAAGGGCACCUUUGAACAUGGAAUAGUUCAGAAACUGAUCCUUACGACCACUGAAAAGCACAUGCCAUCCUCAGGAAAAUAUACUUCCCCAUUUUCUGAAGUUUUCAACGAAGUCAAGACUGUGCUUGAGCUUAAGUUCCCAAAUUACCCCAUUGACAACAAGAAAUUAAAGAAGAGGAUCCAAAAGGCAGCACAAUGGAAAAAGUACUACGAAAAGAAAAGAGAAGAGGCUAAAAAGAGCAAAGAAUCAGCAUGGAAAUUCCUUACAAGGAAAAGGAAACCCCUGCAUUCAGUGAAGGAAAACCAACUUCUUCUUGAAGACACAGAAGAAAUGGGUGUACACAACAGGGGGUUCCAGCCUGAUACUGAUUCGGAUUCGGACGUCCCGCUGGCUGAACUAACAAAGAGGAAGAAGCCGAACAACCAGUGAUAUGUGCACAUUUAUGAACUGACCGUGUUGACUUUGCCUUGAUUUGGUGAAAACAUGUUAUCAUGCAAUCCUCUUAUAGCAAUGUAUAUUAUGAUUUUGCAAUAGAAAUGGC